GGCUGGGUUUGCUAAUUCUGAUAUAGAAACAUUAAUCAGGAGCGUAAGGAGCCAAAAGCGCAGCCGGCGUCAUCUUCAACACAAAGUUGUGUGUGUGACGAGCUAGUGGUUCUACAGAUAGGAUGUCCUACAUGAGCGCAGACAGCGGCUGGUCCCAGUCAGGGGACUUCAACAGCCUGAUCCGGACAUGCAGCUCCAACAUCCAGAAGAUCAGCCAAAACUCCGGUCAGAUCAAAAAUCUCCUCUACCAGCUCGGGACGAGACAGGAAACCUCAGAGCUCCAGGAGAGACUCCAGCAGCUCCAGCACUACACCAACCAGCUGGCCAAAGAAACCAACAGACACAUGAAGGAGCUGGGCUCUCUGCCCCCACCACUGUCUCCAUCUGAACAGAGGCAGCAGAAGCUGCAGAAGGAGCGUUUGAUGAACGAUUUCUCUGCAGCUCUCAACAAUUUCCAGGUGGUGCAGCGGAGAGCAGCUGAAAAAGAGAAGGAGUCAGUGGCCAGAGCUCGCGCUGGAUCCAAAGUCCUGGGAGACGGAGGCAAUGUGAGCGAACAGCUGGUCACAUUUGAAAAGGACGAUGAGUGGGGUCAGAGCCAGACUCAGACUGAGGAGCCCGCCAUCACAGAGGAGGACCUGGAGAUCAUCAAGGAGAGGGAGACCAACAUCAAACAGCUGGAGGCCAACAUCAUGGAUGUGAACCAGAUCUUCAAGGACCUGGCUGUGAUGAUCCACGAUCAGGGAGAGAUGAUUGACAGCAUCGAGGCCAAUGUGGAGAGUGCUGAGGUUCAUGUCGACAGAGGAGCCGUGCAGCUGCAGAAGGCUGCAUAUUACCAGAGGAAGUCCCGCAAGAGGAUGUGCAUGCUGGCCAUGGUGCUGUCGCUGGUGCUCACCAUCCUCAUCAUCAUCAUCUGGCAGGCCAUCAAAUAAGAGGAGAGGCACAGCAUUAGAUGACUUCCUGUGUGUGUGUGUGUGAGGGAGAAAGAGAGAGAGCUGUGUGUGUGCAUCAGUCUGAUUUGGACAAAUGAGCCCUACAUUCCAACACAAUUGAGUUCUCCUUCUUUUACCUUUGUAGAGUCAGUGUGUGUGUGUGUGUGUGUGUGUGUGUGUGUGUGUGUGUGUGUGUGUGUGUGUGUGUGUGUGUGUGACUGAAUGUGGAUGUAUUUAUUUGGGAUAAAUGUGUGGGAACAACAGCGGGUGUUUGUGGGUUUGUCGAGGCUAACAACAAAAUUAAUCUGCAGAUAUUUUGAGAUAUUUUCAAGACUUUCUUAUUAUUUCUGGGACAUUAAAGGGAUAGUUCAGAUUUUUGGAAGCAGGGUUGUUUGGGGUAUUUAUCCACAGACAGUGUCUUACAGACAGCAGAUGGCAGUCAGCGUGUCCCCAGUUUGGAGAAGCAGACUGGAUUCCAAGAUAAACAGUGUACUGCUAUGAAGGGGUCAGCAAUUUUAAUAUAUUUUAGCUACCUGUUUAAAAACAAUAAUAUCAGUUUAAUAUUGUGUCGAUGAAUAAAAAAAGUCUGAACUAUCCCUUUAAAACUUCACUGAGCUCAUGUGUGACUACUGUUACUGAUAGUACUAACCCACUGAAUGUGGGAUGGUGGCUUAAUAUGCAAAGAAUAUUUAUCUCAAGGGGAAAGAAUGCUUUAGCUUUCUGUGUGUGUGUGUGUGUGUGUGAGAGAGAGAGAGAGAGAGUGUGUGUAUUAUUGUGAGUUUGUAAAAUGAGCCCUACAUUCCAACACAAAAAAGCUUAGAAAAGUUUUCUCCUCCUGUAUUCAGUCUCUGUGUGUAGCUGACUGUGGAUGUAUUGAUUUGGGUGGGAACAGAAAAAGGAGCAUUUUCUUCAGUGUACCCUUUAUCACUGCUGUGGGACUUUGUCCUAUCUAAUGCAACCUUGCACAUUUUUAUAUACACUAAGUACCCAUGUCUAUAUGAAUUUGAAUUUGCGUGUCUUGCCAAUGAGAAUGUUGAAGGAAGUAUGGACUGUUAGCAGCUAUCAGACUGUGUGUCCUCAGUAACGUGUUUGUUUCACAGGAUGUGCCCACCUGACAGACAAUAAAAUACAGUUCCACCU